AUAGGAGGUAUCCUAGUUCAGUUUAACAGUGUCUAGACCUGCAACACUCGAAGAAAAUCUACUCUCGCUACCCCGUUUGAGCAACAUCUCAAGAUAUUCCAGCAGCUAGCAGAGGGACAAUAUGAGCAAGUACUCACUCGGAACGGACCACUAUCGCAAUAACUCAUCCUCAGAUGCCACUUACGAAAGUACGGUCUCUGCGAAGAGUAGCGCACUCGGAACUAUCAAACAAUUGGUCUUGGCCGAUAGGAGUCACCAUCAACUCCAUAUCACAGGACUGAGAGGUAUACUCGUCGUCGAGAGCUUCAUAUGGACGUUCUUCCAGACGUUUAUCCCGACAUUGGCCUCCAACCGCACCAACGGACCAGUUUAUCAGGAUCUGCUAAGAGAGAUUCUCAGCGUACCGUUGUGGAACGAGAGUCUCAUAUACAACUUCUUUAUCAUUUUGUCUAUGCGAUCAAUUGCAGUGUCCUUCUUGAGAGUUCCUACGGGACAGACGUAUGCUGCAACAGUCAUACGCCGCAACGUGCGUAUGGUUAUCAUACUAUGCGUUGGAUCCGGAAUGGCAACACUCAUAUUCUCCCAAAUAGGAACGCAGUUCAUUGACAAAUUCAAGAAUGACUUGCCCAACGACUCGAUACAAACGCCGACGGUUGUGCCUAAUGGGGGCGCUGCCUUCAACUCCUUGUUCAAUCUCUUCUGGCUGAGCUAUGAUCACUACAAACAAGCUGCCAAUACAUUCUGGCCAACCAUGACCCUGUGGGCGCCCUCGAUUAUGUAUUUCCAGUCAUAUACUGUCUACUUCAUUAUGGCCAUCCUGCCAUUCACGAGACCGAAGUGGCAUCUGUCUGGUCUUGGCCUGUUUGGACUGGGAUCUUUCUGGAUGGGCUACUGGGGGUGGUACUCAGUCACGGGCCUGCUGUUUGCAGACGUUGCAACCAACCCGACGCUGCGACAAGAACUCCGACUGGGAGUGAAGAUUCGAGAGGAUUGGAGGGUGUCCUAUAUGCCAAUCGCGAUAGCGCUCUUUGCCAUGGGCAUCGCAUUCAAGUACGCAUUCACGGUUCGGCCACAGUUCGUGGAUAAGCUUCUGGUGCUUCAUCCCUACCUUGACCUUUCCACAAGGUACUCGCCGAGUACAGUGGUCGAGAAUGGACCGUAUGCACGGCUCGACGACUGGUUUGUGAUUGUGGGCAUCUUACUCGCAAUUGAGCUCUCUGCAAAAGCUCGGCACCUCCUCACAUUGAGGCCGCUGGUCUAUUUGGGCGAGCGAUCGUUCAGUAUCUUUGUCGCCCAAUGCAUAUUCUUUUGGACUGGCGGCAUUAAGCUGUGGCUUGCACUUCACAAUGAUAAGGGUUUAUCGACAGCUGGUGCUAAUGGAGUGGUUUUUCUGGUGGGGCUCCUGGCCAUUGCUGUCUUUUCGGAGCUGUAUUGGCGACUCGUAGACCUGCCAUCUGUGUGGCUGGCCAAGAAAACCUACACAUGGCUUGUGGAUUAAUUAGAUAGAGGGCGAGGACCAGACCAGUUCGAACUAGUGCCUACCUACAAUGUAGUUCUCAAUAGAGAGGAAAGAGUCAGCACAAGCACCAGGACGACAGUGAAUAGCUAAAUGGAGGUUGUUGUGCCAUCGAACUACC